UAUUGAACAUAUAUUUAGUAUGAUUAUAUUGUACAGCUAAUGUGAUAUAUCUCUCCCAAAAUAGAGGAGCCAUAUUGUAAUUAUAAAUAUUCAGUAAAUUAAUGAGAAGGUCAAGGGAUUGAUUUCUAUCAUGGUAUCAAGAGUCCAGUGAACCAACCCUAACCCCUCUCCCCUGCCGCCACCCCCUGUUCUACGACACAGCCUUCUUCUUCACGGCUGUUCUUCUUUUCGGCUGUUCCCCACCUCAUCUUCCUCCUUGUUCUCACCAUGACAAACACUACUAACACCCCUAUUACCGUGGAAUCAAAACUCCACCCCGCCACUACCGUCUCCCACAUCAAAAAUUACAUACCUGUUACCCUUGAAAUCGAAUCAUCGCAGUACAAUUCCUGGGCAACUUUCUUUAAACUACACUGUAAAGCCUUCUUGGUUUUUGAUCAUCUAUCACCCAAACCUGCUGCAUCCGAAACCACCACUGAAACAUCUUCUUCCACCACAAAACCGACCGCUGAAUGGGAACGCCUUGAUGCUAUUGUGUUACAAUGGAUAUACAGUACAAUUUCCAACGAUCUCCUCCACACCAUUAUCAACAAGACCGCCACCGCUCACGAUGCUUGGAAAGCUAUCGAGGAUCUUUUUCAAGACAAUAAAAGCUCCCGCGCCAUUCACCUGAUGCAGAAGUUCUCGAACACCCGUUUGGACGGCUUCCCCAAUAUAUCCGCAUACUGCCAGGAACUCAAAGUCCUGGCCGAUCAGUUGGCGAAUGUGAAUGCUCCGAUUGACAAUGAUCGAUUGGUUUUGCAGUUAAUUGCGGGGCUGAAUGAACAGUAUGAGGGCAUUGCUACUAUACUCCAACAACAAGAUCCACUCCCAUCAUUCUAUUCUGCCCGUUCCAGCGUAAUUCAAGUGGAAACUCGCAAAGCCGAACAAGCCUUGAAUGCAUCCAAGUCUGCCUCCACUGCUCUAACCGCAUCCACAAACCGCUCCCCGGCCGCUGAUCAGUCUCGCAACCACGACCGAAACUAUGGCACUCAUGACCGCGGCUACGGCUCGGGCCGUGGACGCUCGGGUCAUUGGGGACGUGGCCGGUCCAGCUCUGGCCGUGGCCGGUUUUCUUCUCAGUAUCCGUGGCAGCCGCCUUCCUAUUACCCAUGGAUGAACACUUGGCCCACACCACCCUCCAACAACCAAACUCCCUUCUACCCUUGGCCUGUGCCGCCAUGCCCAUACCCUUCCACCAAUCGGCCUAAUCAAACCCACACUAAAAGCCCUGGUAUCUUAGGCCCGCGGCCGAACCAUCAAAGCAAUGUUGCCUAUACACCCACGGAUAUCGAGCAGGCUAUGUACACGAUGUCACUACAGCAGCCAGACCCCACACAGUACAUGGAUACGGGCGCAACGGGAAACAUGACACAUGAACAAGGACUACAAGACUCGGACCCCGCUCCUGCGAUGCAACAGCAGCGGUGACCUCUACCCGUUGGUAAUCGGGUCCCCCUCCCAAGCAACUGCUCUUGCCGCUAUUUCUGGUCAACUCUGGCAUCAUCGUCUUGGCCAUCCAGGACGCCCGUCUUUAAAUAAAUUACAAACUUCUAGUUCUAUUGUUUUUGAUACUUUGAAUAAUGAUGUAUGCCAGUCUUGCGUUUUUGGAAAAAGUAUUGAAUUACCUUUCUUUGCUUCUAAUAAU